ACGAUGAAAAAUAGCGGUAAACUGUUGAAAACAGAGUUGCAAUAAACUAAAACAGGGAUACUUUUGGUUUUGUUUACAUUUGUCAGAUGGAGCAGCGACGUCUACUGUUAACAGUACUGUUGACAAAAAAAAACUACAUGUUCAGAAAAUCGUUAAUUUCUGACUUCAUAAUAACAAAAGUGUUGUGUAUAUUAAAUUUAUUUUAAAAAUUUAAUGAUUAUGGUUAUUAAGAAAAUAAACAGUAAUAUAUGAGGAUUCUUCCUAAGUUAGAUUCAUGUCGACAAGGUCUAAUUUAUUAAUAGAUAUAUUAAUAAAUCAGCACCAAAUAUUAUAUAUUUGGUGCUGAUUACCAAAAGAUUCUGAUUCCAAAUUACGACCCAAAUAGUUGAAAUUUUAUUGGGUAUAGAACUACAGGAAUAAAUUGUAAAAUAUAAUUUUUGUAAAUUUGAAAACUCUGGCUAUCUGUCAAUUAUAAAAUAAUAUAAAAAAUUUAAAAAAUCCCGUAAAUUGAUUUCAAAUAUCAAAGAAAAUCCGAAUAUUUUAUCAACAUGACCUAUAAUGUACUCAAUAAAAACGACUUUGAGCUAGAGCUCGAAGAUGCCGAUAAUAAACUGGUUGUGAUCGAUUUCUACGCCAAUUGGUGUGCACCUUGUAAACUUAUAAAUCCUCAACUGGAAGAGUUAUCGGUGCAAUAUGCGGAUAAAGUCAAAUUUCUUAAAGUUAAUGUAGAUGAAUGUGAAGAUAUAGCCAUGGCUUAUAAUGUCACCAGUAUGCCUACAUUUGUUUUUGUAAGGGAUCAGCAAAUAAUUGAUGUUUUGGUAGGUGGCAAUUUGGAGAAAUUGAUUAAAAAUAUGGAGAAAUUUAUGAAAGAAGGUGGAGAUACUAUAAAGAAGUUUGCGGGUGAUGUAGGGGAAGUGGAGGAGGACUUAGAGGUCGAUGAUUUUGAGUUGGAAAAUGAUUUAGAUGUGGAGAGCUUGUCGGAUGAUCCUACAGCAGUUUUGGAAGUUAUUGUUGAUGAAUCAAUGUAGAUUAUAAUUUUAAAUAAAUUGUUUUUA